AUGGAGUAUCGUCGGCAGAAAACAGAGAAAAUGUUUGAUGAACUUCGUCAAAAUGGCAAUGUCAAGAUGCAGUUUGAAGACUUUCUCGAUGGAACUGCUUACCGCGAUGCUGUUCGGGACGGUCGGAUUGGUGAUGAUGACAUCAUCGUCAUGAUGUCUAUUGAUGGUGCUCAGCUCUAUGAGAGCAAGUCAUCAGACUGUUGGCUCUAUAUUUGGGUCGUGUACGAGCACUCCCCAGAUUGUCGUUACAAGCAAUGCUGUGACCCUAACAAGCCAAAAAAUGUCGUCUCCUUCCUUUUCCCCACUUUUCAUCAUCUUGCCGCUAUUCAAAAAGAAGGCCUUGUUAUCUGGAAUGCAUUGCACCGUAGAGUGUACCAAUCUCACCCCUUCCUUGCCCUUGCCUAUCUCAAUGGGUUAGUUGGUCACCAUGGCAAAAAUGGUUGUUGUCUGUUUUGCUCUUGCAUUGGACGCCAUAAACCUGGUGGGACUCAUUAUUACCUGGCACUCCUCAAAUCAAAUGACUACAUUCUCGCAGAGACCCUCAAACCAUGUUCCCACUCCGAGUAUAUCCCUAAUGAGACACAAUAUCGCAAAAAUCACUUAGCAACAGGGAUAUCGAAGCCAAGCCUGUUCCUUGGUUUUUCAUUGUGCCAUACCCUGGAUAUUAUGCACUUAGUAUCCCUCAACAUUCCCGAUCUUUUGAUCCCUCUUUGGCGAGGCACGUUCAAAUGUGAUAAGAAGGAUGACAGAGCUGAUUGGGAUUGGGCUGUUCUGAAGGGCAAGACCUGGACAUUUCCCGCAAGGACGUGCAAAUGA